GAUUGUUGCCACCAAAGGAUCAACGGUGCUGAGAUCCGCAUUGGAAAUUCCCUCAGUGACAAUGGCAACGCUAAUCCAAGAUGCACUGUUAUCUCAUCUAUCCCAGCCGGCACCUCCAAAACCUUUGUGUGUAAUGGAAUGGAAGGCCGUUAUGUAAACAUUGUGAUUCCUGGAAGAAAGGAAUAUCUGACACUGUGUGAGGUAGAAGUUAGUGGUGAACCUUCAGCUACCACUGAUACGAAUAUUGCCAGAAUUGGACAAGUGACCCAGUCUUCACUGUAUGGGAAAGCUGUCCCUGAAAGGGCCAUUGAUGGAAAUCGUGCUAGCAACUGGGGACAGAGCUCCUGUGCCUGCACACGGAAUGAUCGCAAACCAUGGUGGAGACUGGACCUUCUGAAGUCGUAUAAAAUUAACACUGUCACCAUCACCAACAGAAAGGAUUGUUGCCCCAAUAGGAUCAAUGGAGCUGAGAUCCGCAUCGGAAAUUCCCUCAGUGACAAUGGCAACGCUAAUCCCAGAUGCACUGUUAUCUCAUCUAUCCCAGCCGGCACCUCCAAAACCUUUGUGUGUAAUGGAAUGGAAGGCCGUUAUGUAAACAUUGUGAUUCCUGGAAGAAAGGAAUAUCUGACACUGUGUGAGGUAGAAGUUAGUGGUGAACCUUCAGCUACCACUGAUACGAAUAUUGCCAGAAUUGGACAAGUGACCCAGUCUUCACUGUAUGGGAAAGCUGUCCCUGAAAGGGCCAUUGAUGGAAAUCGUGCUAGCAACUGGGGACAGAGCUCCUGUGCCUGCACACGGAAUGAUCGCAAACCAUGGUGGAGACUGGACCUUCUGAAGUCGUAUAAAAUUAACACUGUCACCAUCACCAACAGAAAGGAUUGUUGCCCCAAUAGGAUCAAUGGAGCUGAGAUCCGCAUCGGAAAUUCCCUCAGUGACAAUGGCAACGCUAAUCCCAGAUGCACUGUUAUCUCAUCUAUCCCAGCCGGCACCUCCAAAACCUUUGUGUGUAAUGGAAUGGAAGGCCGUUAUGUAAACAUUGUGAUUCCUGGAAGAAAGGAAUAUCUGACACUGUGUGAGGUAGAAGUUAGUGGUGAACCUUCAGCUACCACUGAUACGAAUAUUGCCAGAAUUGGACAAGUGACCCAGUCUUCACUGUAUGGGAAAGCUGUCCCUGAAAGGGCCAUUGAUGGAAAUCGUGCUAGCAACUGGGGACAGAGCUCCUGUGCCUGCACACGGAAUGAUCGCAAACCAUGGUGGAGACUGGACCUUCUGAAGUCGUAUAAAAUUAACACUGUCACCAUCACCAACAGAAAGGAUUGUUGCCCCAAUAGGAUCAAUGGAGCUGAGAUCCGCAUCGGAAAUUCCCUCAGUGACAAUGGCAACGCUAAUCCCAGAUGCACUGUUAUCUCAUCUAUCCCAGCCGGCACCUCCAAAACCUUUGUGUGUAAUGGAAUGGAAGGCCGUUAUGUAAACAUUGUGAUUCCUGGAAGAAAGGAAUAUCUGACACUGUGUGAGGUAGAAGUUAGUGGUGAACCUUCAGCUACCACUGAUACGAAUAUUGCCAGAAUUGGACAAGUGACCCAGUCUUCACUGUAUGGGAAAGCUGUCCCUGAAAGGGCCAUUGAUGGAAAUCGUGCUAGCAACUGGGGACAGAGCUCCUGUGCCUGCACACGGAAUGAUCGCAAACCAUGGUGGAGACUGGACCUUCUGAAGUCGUAUAAAAUUAACACUGUCACCAUCACCAACAGAAAGGAUUGUUGCCCCAAUAGGAUCAAUGGAGCUGAGAUCCGCAUCGGAAAUUCCCUCAGUGACAAUGGCAACGCUAAUCCCAGAUGCACUGUUAUCUCAUCUAUCCCAGCCGGCACCUCCAAAACCUUUGUGUGUAAUGGAAUGGAAGGCCGUUAUGUAAACAUUGUGAUUCCUGGAAGAAAGGAAUAUCUGACACUGUGUGAGGUAGAAGUUAGUGGUGAACCUUCAGCUACCACUGAUACGAAUAUUGCCAGAAUUGGACAAGUGACCCAGUCUUCACUGUAUGGGAAAGCUGUCCCUGAAAGGGCCAUUGAUGGAAAUCGUGCUAGCAACUGGGGACAGAGCUCCUGUGCCUGCACACGGAAUGAUCGCAAACCAUGGUGGAGACUGGACCUUCUGAAGUCGUAUAAAAUUAACACUGUCACCAUCACCAACAGAAAGGAUUGUUGCCCCAAUAGGAUCAAUGGAGCUGAGAUCCGCAUCGGAAAUUCCCUCAGUGACAAUGGCAACGCUAAUCCCAGAUGCACUGUUAUCUCAUCUAUCCCAGCCGGCACCUCCAAAACCUUUGUGUGUAAUGGAAUGGAAGGCCGUUAUGUAAACAUUGUGAUUCCUGGAAGAAAGGAAUAUCUGACACUGUGUGAGGUAGAAGUUAGUGGUGAACCUUCAGCUACCACUGAUACGAAUAUUGCCAGAAUUGGACAAGUGACCCAGUCUUCACUGUAUGGGAAAGCUGUCCCUGAAAGGGCCAUUGAUGGAAAUCGUGCUAGCAACUGGGGACAGAGCUCCUGUGCCUGCACACGGAAUGAUCGCAAACCAUGGUGGAGACUGGACCUUCUGAAGUCGUAUAAAAUUAACACUGUCACCAUCACCAACAGAAAGGAUUGUUGCCCCAAUAGGAUCAAUGGAGCUGAGAUCCGCAUCGGAAAUUCCCUCAGUGACAAUGGCAACGCUAAUCCCAGAUGCACUGUUAUCUCAUCUAUCCCAGCUGGCACCUCCAAAACCUUUGUGUGUAAUGGAAUGGAAGGCCGUUAUGUAAACAUUGUGAUUCCUGGAAGAAAGGAAUAUCUGACACUGUGUGAGGUAGAAGUUAGUGGUGAACCUUCAGCUACCACUGAUACGAAUAUUGCCAGAAUUGGACAAGUGACCCAGUCUUCACUGUAUGGGAAAGCUGUCCCUGAAAGGGCCAUUGAUGGAAAUCGUGCUAGCAACUGGGGACAGAGCUCCUGUGCCUGCACACGGAAUGAUCGCAAACCAUGGUGGAGACUGGACCUUCUGAAGUCGUAUAAAAUUAACACUGUCACCAUCACCAACAGAAAGGAUUGUUGCCCCAAUAGGAUCAAUGGAGCUGAGAUCCGCAUCGGAAAUUCCCUCAGUGACAAUGGCAACGCUAAUCCUAGAUGCACUGUUAUCUCAUCUAUCCCAGCCGGCACCUCCAAAACCUUUGUGUGUAAUGGAAUGGAAGGCCGUUAUGUAAACAUUGUGAUUCCUGGAAGAAAGGAAUAUCUGACACUGUGUGAGGUAGAAGUUAGUGGUGAACCUUCAGCUACCACUGAUACGAAUAUUGCCAGAAUUGGACAAGUGACCCAGUCUUCACUGUAUGGGAAAGCUGUCCCUGAAAGGGCCAUUGAUGGAAAUCGUGCUAGCAACUGGGGACAGAGCUCCUGUGCCUGCACACGGAAUGAUCGCAAACCAUGGUGGAGACUGGACCUUCUGAAGUCGUAUAAAAUUAACACUGUCACCAUCACCAACAGAAAGGAUUGUUGCCCCAAUAGGAUCAAUGGAGCUGAGAUCCGCAUCGGAAAUUCCCUCAGUGACAAUGGCAACGCUAAUCCCAGAUGCACUGUUAUCUCAUCUAUCCCAGUCGGCACCUCCAAAACCUUUGUGUGUAAUGGAAUGGAAGGCCGUUAUGUAAACAUUGUGAUUCCUGGAAGAAAGGAAUAUCUGACACUGUGUGAGGUGGAAGUUGUCGGGGAAGAGUCAGAUAAUUCCAUUGAAUAUGGUUGUGACUGGGUCUGAAACAAUUACUCAUAUAAUUUUCUUAUUACCAGUUAAUUUUAAAGCUAACAGAUGCAUAUUUCCUCUUAAUUUCUUUUAAUGAUGAACACAAGGGUGAGGGAUUAAUUAUCAGAGAUAUCCUCUAAACUUUUCAUGUUGGUGGGAUUUUCAGUAAUUUUUGUAUUGAAUUGUGCAAGGUAGGUCAUCAAAGCCAUUUAAUGAGGCAGUUGAAUGAUGAUGUGAUUUAAAAUUAAACCGUUAUCACGUGCUCAGAUUUCAUACCAUUUCAUAGCGUUAGUAUUCCAAUAUUGAUAGUUUAUAAUGGCAGGAUUUUACUGGACCCUUCCACCAAGAAAUCCAUCAAUUACCUUUUUGCAAAUCUGUCAU